GUCCUCGGCCAAGCACGACGCGUUGGUUGGCUUCCAUUUCCGUGUCCGUUGGUUUCCUGCCUGUGUGGGAGAGCGUACGUAAGUGCGUGCCCCUCUCUGCCUGAGUUUGUGUGUGUGUGUGUGCCUGUAGGUGUAAGGGCGCCAAGUUGUUCACCAGUUAAACAACAACAGUCAAACAGAGACAUUUAUCCUUUGAGAGGAAGACGCAGACAAAUAUUUAUAUGGACAGAUAGACAGCCGAAACCAAAAAUUUCAAAACAACUGAAAAAAUUGAAGAAAUAGGCGUCCACAGCGGAAGACGCUGAGAAGCAGGCAACAGUUCUGUUGCCGGCUAACAUGGAAAUGGAUGUUAAUCGCCAGACACGCCACAAUGGCAACCUAAUGACCAUAUCCGCCCGCUGUUCCAACAACAAUUCAACAGCAACAAUAGCAGCAGCAACAGCAGCAGCCACUACAGGAACUGAGGCAGCAGCAGCAUCCUAUUCGGCGCCGCCGAGCGGUUGUUGCGGCAGCUUGAGUCGCCUCUUUUGUGUUAAUCGCCACAAGGCAACGCAUUCGGUGGCAGGCAUCGAGUGCCACAGCAGCGAUCCAUUCUCGUCUCAACUGCAAUGCAAAGCGGCCACUGCAUCCGGACAGCGACGCCGACGGACGCCACAGGAAAUCUACUUUGAGAGUCGCGGCAAGUCCUGCAAGAAGCUAUUGAAAUUCAAUGGAAAUUCCAAUAAGAUAUUGCUUUAUCCUGAAGAGGGCUGGGCGCGCACCGCCUCGUCCAGCUACUGGACUAUCACGCCCUGCUGGUGGCAGCCCAAUCGGUGCCGCAUUGUCGAGUUCUCCGGCACCCAGCGUCGGGCGACAAAGGCACAAAUGCUGCCACUGGAGCAGCAGGGUUCCCUGCUGAUUGCCGGACACUUUGGCAGGAGCACGCCAGUGGCGUCGGCAUCGGCAGCAGCAGCAGCAUCCGGAACUGUGGCUGCCACUCCAACAUCUGCUGGAUCUGGAGCAGGAGCAACAACCACUGCGGCGGCAACAACAGGCUCUCGGAGCAGGUCCAAGGGCUGUGACAAGUCACAGCCUGCGUGGAACGACGAGUUCAAGCUGUAUCUGACGUCGAACAUCUCGAUGGAGGACUACAACAUGGGUUACUGCCUCACGGGCUUUGUGGAGAGGCGCUGCCAGCUGACAAACACCUUUCAGAUGACUCACUUUGCCGUCAUCAAGCGGCAGUGGCCGCCAUCGCCGUCCAAUCUGAGCAAAUCGUAAGAUAACCUGGCUCCAACUGCAAUUGCAACCUUUACAACCCCCCACACAUUUGUGAUUGUGAUCCGGUCUUUGGUUUAGAUUUGAUCCCUAUUUUUGUAAAAUUUUUAGCAAUUAAGUAGUGUGAAAUAAUUGUUGUGCAAUCUCAAAUCGAAAUCAAAAGAAAUACACCUUCAGGCAGUGCCCUGAACACGGUGAUAGAUUAAACUCUUUGGCUAUAAAGGAACCUAAUUCUAAUGAAAGAGAAAACUUAGAUGAGCUCAAGCUUACGCAGCGGGAGUAUAUUUAGCCUCUAUUUAAGGGACGACUGGAACUUCGCUUCUGUGUGUAUUUAGUGGGUAAAUUGUAUUUUUAUCUAAAUGUUCUAGAGAAAUGCCAGCAAAAACUUAGCAGAAACCCCAAACCGAAACCAAAACCGAGAAAAAAACUCUAUGUGUGCUUUCAGUGUUGUGUACUAUAAAAAAUAAAUAUAGAAAAAAACGCAUGAAAAACGAACUGUUAAAUGCCAAAUGAAACUAAACCGCUUAGCCAACACACACACACACGCAUAGUAGCAGCAGCAGCACACUCAUACAGUUGCAGCACUUGAGGUUGGGCAGCUACUUAAUUCCUCAAAAAAGUGCAACAAAUUGAAACUUGUGCUUGUCGAAGCAUGUGAUUGUGAGUGCUCCACUAGGGGCACGGCACCUAAGUGUGCAAGUGUGCAAGUGCGCUGGUGUUUUUUUUUUUUUUUUUGUUUUUUUUUUUUG